UGUAUCUAUACCUUACCUACGAAUCUUCUUUCAAUAUUUUAAGCAAUAAAUGUUAUACAUAACAAAAUAUUAUCAUCUCAAAUUAAUUAUCUUAAAAUGAUUUAUUUUGUAAACUAAUCUAAGCAUGGGUAACGAAUGAAAGUGUAACCUAAUUAAAUUAUUUUUAUUUGUGCACUUGAAAGAAAUACCCUUUAUCAAAUAGUUACUUUAUAUUUUAUUCACAACUUAUUUAUUACAAACCGUCAAGAUUUCGUCUUUAACACUAGAACAAUUAAUUGAGAGGCUCAUGGCCGACAGUGAUAGUGAUGGCAACGAUGCAGAAGGCGUGGAUGACAGCAUCCCUGACCCAGCACAAAUAGAAGAAGUUCAACCCUAUGACAUAUCCCUAACAGCUUCACACUCAUAUCUGGGCCCUGGGCUGGUGAGCGUGGGCGGGCGCCGCUUGCUGGAGGCGGGCUGGCGAGGGCGCCUGCCUGUGCUGCUGCACCACGGCGUCGUGUUCCCGGGCGAGACCGUACCCAUGCUGCUGCCGCACGGGCCCGAUGCCGACGUGCUUGUUGACGCCAUCAAGAAUGAAAAGUUGUUCGGCCUACUCUGUCCCGACGAGGUGGGUGGCACAGUGUCGGGCUUCGGUGUGAUCUGCGAGGUAGAGAUGGCGGGCAUCGACGAUGAGCACGACGGCUCCGCGUCCGUGACGUUCAAGGCGCGCGCCACGCACCGCUUCCGGAUGGUGGGCGUGCCGCGCCGGACCGUGCCCCUCGACAGAUACGCCAACCGCAUGGUACUGGUGGAGGUGCGCGUGUUGGCGGAGAUGGCGUCGCGCGACUCGCUGCGGCCGGCGCGCCUGGCCGCGCUCGACCCGCUGCGCGAGCCCGCACACCUGGACCCGCAGCAGCAGCUUCUUCGCCGCAUGGAUGCGGCGCUGACUCCCUGGCCGCUGUUUGUGUACCAUAUUUUCGACUAUGACCGUUUGCGCAGUGAAAUCCUAGACUACUUCAAGGAUAUCAUGUCAGUUGAUCUGCCGGACGAUCCAGUGUCCCUGUCGUUCUGGGUGGCAUCCAACCUGGCGCUGCGCAAGGCCGAGCGCCUCGCGCUUUUCCUCGUCGACAACGCGCUGCUGCGCCUGCACAUGGAAAGUCAGCACAUUAAAAAGCAAACUGCGCUUUGUUGUACGUCAUGCCAGACGGAGAUCGCACGCAGGGAACACAUUUUCGCGAUGUCCAGCGAGGGCGUGCACUCUAAUUACACGAACUUGGGCGGCUACAUGCACGACAUCCUGACGGUGCGGCAGACGAGCAACGUGCAGCUGAGCGGCGCGCCGUCCGCGGAGUACUCGUGGUUCCCCGGCUACACCUGGACCGUGCUGCUCUGCAACACCUGCAUGGCGCACAUCGGCUGGAGGUUCCAGGCGGAGAAGCGCAGCCUGCGGCCGCAGCGGUUCUUCGGGCUGUGCCGCAACUACGUGCAGCCGCGCCCGCCCGACCCCUAGGCUGCCGGCGACACACCCCGCCAGGCCGCGGACUGGCCUCGCGCAUAUACUUAUCACAAUAUUCACAAUAUUGCUAUUAAUUAACUGAUCUAUAUCAUUACCUAGAUGGUAUCAAAUUUUCAUGUUGUACACUUUACAACUUAUGUUACUAUAACAUCCAUAUUUGUUCAGAGUCGCGCAGAAAAUACGUGAGCAAUCCCUUGGCUCUGGCUUAGGCAACUGAAGGUGCCUGAAAUAGUUUUAUUCGGUGGGAGUCAUAUGCCCAGUAUAUGUAUAUGCCCAGGCAGUUAAAUAAGCAAGAAAAGGGCAUAAGGGUUCAGCCACAGAUCAACUCUGGCUUUUGCCAAAAUAUUUAAACUAUAUUGUUAUAGUUUAAAACAUCUUUAAUACAAUAAUAGUCAUUAGUUUAGAUCAAAUAGAAUAUAACUACAAGUUAUGCUACUAAUCUUACUACAUUAAUUUUAUAGGUCGCAACAAUAACCUAUAAAAGUAGUGAAUUUAUAUAAUAACAGUUUCCGUAAUUCCGAUUAUAUUUAAAAAAAAACCUUUCCAUAUAACUUCAGUCUGCACUAAAAUACACCACAAUUAUUACAAACAAAAUUGUUUAUCCUUCCGCCUCUGAUCCAAUGAGUGAUGAUAAUAUGUUUUGAAAACCCCUACUUUUUGGUAAUAUAAUAUAAAACCAAGCAAAAAAGUAUCUUAUCUAUAAUUAAUUGAACCGUUUAUGUUUCAAACGUGGGCUGAGAAAGAAUGAUUAAAUUCGUGAGGCGCGGGAAUGACUUGAAUUAUAGAGGGCGAUAGUAACACUAAACAAACAAUUCAAGUAAAUAAAUAUAUAAAGUGAUUAAGAAAUUACGAUAUUCAGAUGUGUUUGUGAGCUGUGUACAAUCAUGUUAGGAUACUUCGUCAUUGUCAUCACCGUACAGCGUUAAUUAGGAUGUAAUGGAAAUACUGGGAUAUCAAGACUACGCAAAAAUCAAGUAUGCCAAUACCAGAUGUAAAAUGGCGAUUUAUAAUGUGAUAGGAAUAUUUCUAUAGAUGUUGGAUCUAAAUUUAACUUUGAUUAAAACCUAUUGAUGUAAUUAAGUGUAAUUUCGUAUUUUACUUUUAAGUCAAUAAAGUAUUUUGUUGA